CGCCCUUACCAAGAUGGCGGCGGCCACCGGCGGCGGCGGUUGCGAGGCCCCCGUGCGCCUCCGGCUGCUCUUCGACUACCCCCCGCCGGGGUCGCCGGCCUGCGGGCUGUGCUGGCUGCUCCUGGAGCCCCGCCAGGUGCGCCUCGUCACCGACCUGAGCAGCCUCGUCCGGGACAAGUUCGGCUUCAGCCACCGCGCCAAGCUCAGCCUCUUCCUCGACGGGGCGCUGCUGCCGCCCACCGAGAGCGCGAGGAUCGUGCGGGACAACGACUCUCUCCGAGUCAAAUUGGAGGAGGUUAUCGGGGAAGACGACGACGAUAAAAUUGCCAACGGUUUUGGUAACCAAUCAAAAAAACAAAGGAAACGACGCCGGCAGAAGUUGGAAGUGAAAGAUUCUGACAGCGAAGACGAAGGUCGCAGAAAAAGAAAGAAGGGCAAAUGGAACUGUGAGCGUCUUUCUUGUCAGGAAGAGAGCGCUGCAAACAUUCAGGACCCAAAGGCCCUUAAGAAAAGGAAAAACGUGAUUGGCCGAUCCUCUACCGCAGACAGUGGGAGCGAUGAUAGUACUUGCCAUUCCAAGAAGCUUAAAAAGAAGGUUGACCAGGAAAAAGAGCAGGGGGCAGCGAGACAUAAAAAGAAAAGGAGAAAAGAAAAAGCCAUAGAAAUAAAUAACACUUCACAAAAGACCAACAAGACUUUUUCUUUGAGCCCCAGCCAAAAAAGUGCAGCGAAAACCCCAGCGGCACAGUCCGGCACAAAGAAAUGUGAAACCUCAAGUGACUCUUCCACUUCAUCAAGCGAGAGUGACCACAAUAUAGCAGAUGCAAAACCAAAACACUCACAUCAAACUAAGGUGGCAUCACAGCACAUAAACAAGCCACAACUGGCUUCUUCUGUGAAAUCUGCUGGCAAAGUUGCCGCUAAUCAGAGAGGCAGCAAUCCUCCUAAGGCAGCGUGUAGUAAAAAAGCCAAGAGUCCGUCCUCAGAUUCAGAUUCAGAUUCAGAUUCUACUUCAGGGGAGCAGGAGGAGCAGAAAAGCAAUAGCUUGAAAAGUAAGCAGCCAUAUAAUAGCCCAGGAACUGCGAGAGGCCCAGCUUCAAGGAGCAAACCUAAAAGCUCCUCUUCAGAAUCUGAUAGCUCAGACUCGGAGGCUUGUACCGCUAAGAAACCCAAGACAAAUUCUGCAGUCAGUCAGACGUUGGGAGGGAAUGGCGGCAAACAGCUGCCAGCUGUCACUUGUGGACCAGAAAUAAGUCCCAGCGACAGCAGAAGGGGUCGUGGCAGAGGAGAAAGCCCCUUUUGGAGAGGGCCUAGGGUUCGUGGGUGUCGUGGGAUGAUCAGGGGCCGGGGAAGAGGAAGGGGAGAGAAUCCUAACUUCUUCCACAAUUACAACGGUGAGCAGCAAAAGCAGCAACAGUUGCACGAAGUAGCAACAAACUCUUCAGUUAUUAUACAGAAUCCACCAGAAGCUCCAAAGAAGGACUACAGCAUAUUGCCUCUGUUAGCUGCUCCUCCACAAGUAGGAGAGAAAAUUGCCUUUAAGCUUUUGGAGCUAACUGAAAAUUACACUCCUGAAGUAUCUGAUUAUAAGGAAGGAAAAAUUGUCAGUUGGAAUCCUGCUAACAAACAGCUGGAACUUGAAAUUCUUUCUUUCUCAUCAGUUUCAAAAGAGCCAGGGAAGUUUGAUCUGGUUUACCAGUCUGCAGAUGGAGCUGAAAGAAUAGAAUAUGCUGUGUCUCAUGAUAGCAAGAUAACUGAAAGUUGGGAUGCAUUGAUUGAGCCCAGACUAAUAGUCGACCCUCCGAAUAACGAAUCAGGCACUGGAAGUGGAAAUCCCUAGGC